AUGAUGCUGCUGCUCGCGCGCAGCCUCCGCUCCCGCCUCUGCCCUCCCCUCGCCUCCGCCGUUAGCGCCGCGCCUUUCUCAUCGGUAUCGGCGGCCGCGGCGGAGGCGGAGCGGGCGGUGCGGGACGGGCCCAGGAACGACUGGACCCGCCCCGAGAUCCAGGCCAUCUACGACUCCCCGCUCCUCGACCUCCUCUUCCACGGGGCACAGUCUUCAAGAUACAGCACUGGAUUGAAGGCCGAAAAAUUAAUGAAGAAAGAUGCCGUCCUAGAAGCAGCAAAAAAGGCAAAGGAGGCUGGGAGCACCCGAUUUUGCAUGGGAGCCGCAUGGAGAGAGACAAUUGGCAGGAAAACAAAUUUCAACCAGAUUCUUGAAUAUGUCAAGGACAUAAGAGGUAUGGGCAUGGAGGUCUGUUGCACCCUGGGCAUGCUAGAGAAACAACAAGCUGAAGAACUCAAGAAGGCUGGACUUACAGCUUAUAAUCAUAACCUAGAUACAUCAAGAGAAUAUUACCCCAACAUUAUUUCUACAAGAUCGUACGAUGAUAGAUUACAGACUCUUCAGCAUGUCCGUGAAGCUGGAAUAAGCGUCUGCUCAGGUGGAAUUAUUGGUCUUGGAGAGGCGGAGGAAGACCGUGUAGGGCUGUUGCAUACACUGGCCACUUUGCCAACACACCCAGAGAGCGUUCCUAUCAAUGCAUUGAUUGCUGUCAAAGGCACGCCUCUUCAGGAUCAGAAGCCUGUAGAGAUAUGGGAAAUGAUCCGCAUGAUUGCCAGCGCACGGAUUGUGAUGCCAAAGGCAAUGGUGAGACUUUCGGCAGGGAGAGUACGGUUUUCCAUGCCAGAACAAGCUCUCUGCUUUCUCGCUGGGGCCAACUCGAUCUUCGCCGGUGAAAAGCUCCUGACAACUGCGAACAAUGACUUUGAUGCGGACCAGGCAAUGUUCAAGAUCCUUGGCCUGAUUCCCAAGGCUCCAAACUUUGGCGAUGAAGAGGUCAUGGUAGCAGCACCCACGGAGAGAUGUGAGCAAGCCGCUUUGAUGUAA